CACCCUUGCAUGGACGGACCAUCGCUGCUUGGGCGGAUCGAGGCCUGCCCUCUUGCGCUCCCAUUUUGGUUGCCGAAACACAACGCAAACAAACAACCAAACCGACCGACCGACCCACCCCAUGAGGAUCCUUGCGACAUUGCUCGCGGCGGCACCAAAAGUGCUCCUGCUCGCCGGCCCCUUCUCGCUGGCGCUGCAGGACCCCGGCAGGCCGCGGGGCUUCAAGAGCGUGCGGAGGGAAGCGGCCGACUACGCGGCCCACUGGGAGUCCCUCCUCCUGGAGGAGUACCACGAGACGGCGGAAGAGCUCAGGGACCAGCGAAAGUCGUGGUCGAGGAGGAGGCUGGAGCAGAGCGGGAUCAGCGUCUUCGGGGCAUCCGCCGAGCCGGAAUCGGAGGUCCUGGGUGAAAAAAUCGUCCGGUUCUACCGAAAGGGGGAAACCAUGUUCAAGGACCGGUUCACCCGGGGCGACGUGCUGGUCAUGACGCCCACCGUCCGGUCCGUCGACCCCGUUCCCAGGGAGUGCCUGGUGGUGGACGUGGGGAGCGACUGGAUCACCGCGGGGGUCGGAUCCAGCUGGCCGGACGGUCUGUGGGAGGCCCGAAAGCUCGCGGGAUUCUUCGAGGUCCGCCUCGAUCGCACGGCCCCCAGGGCCCCGCUGCGGGCCCAGAGAAAGGCCCUGGACAUGGUGCGCAAGGGAAACGCCGGGGCGGCCUCGGCCCUGAUGGCCCGGACCUUUUGCAGCCCAAACGACGCCGAGGCCCUCGGAUCGGGGGCCCCGUCCUUCCUCGGGGCCGACGCAAGGGCCACCAUCGAAGACGCCCUCGAGCGGGCCAAGCGCGCCACGAGCUUCGAGCCGAACCCCUCCCAGGAGGAGGCCAUCGCCUGGGCCCUGCAGCGGAAGGUCUCCCUGGUCCGGGGGCCGCCCGGAACCGGCAAGACCCGCGUCGCCGCCCUCCUGGUGUCGACCGCGAUGCGGAUGGAGGGACGGGUCCUGGCCGUGACGCACAGCAACGGGGCGGCGGACGUCCUCCUGGAGGCCCUCCUGCAGAUGGGCGUCCCGGCGGUGAGGCUGGGCCGGCCCGCCUCCGUCUCCCCGUCGGUCCAGCACCGGACCAUCACGGCGAUGACCGAGAGGAUGCCGAGGGUCGCCGAGCUGCGGAAGAGGGCCGCGGACCAAACGCUGGAAAGACAGCAGCGCUCGGCCGCCGCCUUUGAGCUGAGGCGGUGCUUGGCCGACGUCCGCGAAUCGAUCGCCAAAACGGCACCGGUCGUCGUUGCGAGCUGCAUCGGGGCCCACCAGCUCGUUUUGGGCGAAAACACAAACAGCGGCGGCGGCGGCGGCGAGGACGGCGGCGACGACGAGGACGACGAGAUGUCCUUUGCGACGGUCGUCCUCGACGAAGCCGCCCAGACCACCGAGCCCGCCCUGGUCUGUGCACUCGCGGCUUCCCGGGCGGAACAGGUCGUCCUCGUGGGCGACACGCGGCAGCUCCCCCCCACGGUGACCUCCAUGAAACUCCGGGACCGCCUCGGGGUCUCGCCCAUGUCGCGCCUGGAAGACUGCGGGGUGGGCGAGACCACCCUGCGGGUCCAGUACCGCAUGCCCCCCUUUCUCCUGGAGCACCCGUCGGAAUACUUUUACAACGGCCUCGUGGCCUGCGCCGGUGGCCUUUCCCGGGUCGACCGGCCCCCCCCGGGGGGCUUCCCGUGGCCGUCGUCCCGGCCCCUGGCAUUCGUGCAGGUCGGCGAAAGCGACUCGGAAAUUGCACACAAUUUCGGUGGCAGGUCCAACCCGACCGAGGCGAGGCUCGUCGUUUCGAUCGUUGCGGACCUGAUCGAUGGGGGGGACACCGAUCCGUCGGGCAUUGCCGUGAUCAGUCCGUAUUCGAAACAGGUCCAGCUCAUCCGAACCGAGCUCUCCUCGGAAACAACGAGGGGCCGGGCGACCGGUGGGGUUCGGGUCGGCACCGUGGACUCCUUCCAGGGCCAGGAAACCGACGUGGUGGUCUUCUCGGCGGUUCGUUCCAACCAGAUGAAGGAGCUCGGCUUUCUUCGAGACUCCCGUCGGCUGUGUGUAGCCAUUACGCGUGCCCGGAGAGGACUGAUCGUGGUCGGAGACCGGGCCGUUCUAAAGACCUGCCGCCACUGGGAGGCACUCCUCCGGUCCUGUGAAUCCCGCGGCUGUUGCCUGGACGGCGCGCUCUGGAACGAUCCUUCGGCACCGAAACGGGACCACGGCGGCGGCGAAGACGACGACGGGCCCAGGGAACCCAUCAGCGAUACGGAAAUCGAUGAGAUCCUCGACGAGCUCUUCAGCAACAACGACGACGAGCUGUUUGCCCCAGCUCCCGGCACAAGUGUCUGAGCCUUUGGUGGGUCUUUUUCCCGAAUACCUUACCGAGAUUGGUUUCGGAUGGCACGAGCCGCUGCACCGAAAGCAAUGCUUGCAGCUGUAACGGACCGGGAAUGCGUGAAAGUCUCACCGUUCGUGAAAUGCCGAAAUCGACGAACUGGAAAAGCCUUUGGAGUUGAAACAAGACUGUCUUCGGGCCGACGAGCUUUGGAUUCCAACACCGACGAAGGUGCACGCCGGGAUGGAAGAUCCUUGACCGUGGAUCCAAGACCGAAGUCCAGGAACAUCGGGAUGCCGAGAUUCUGCUCAAUGGCUCGAGCGGUAGCUUGCUUUCGCAUGGCAGCCGAGCGAUCUGCGUGCACUUUUAGCAAAGUUGGUUCAAGCAACUACGGACGCAAAUGCAUUAGUU